CGAUUCCCACUUUUUUUUUAUCUCAUUCUUUAUAUUCUUUUUCUUCUUCCCAUUUCCGUUUCCAAAUUCUCCAUCUCUGUUUUCGCCGUUCCUUCUUGGUUCUCUCUCAUUUCUCAGUUGAAAAUGCUUUCAUCCAAACAUGGCCGAUGAGUUCUUCAAGUUCUUUAGUGUUUUUCCAGAUUUAUGAAACGACCCAAUAAUCAUUAACCAAUUACUCUUCUGGGUUCUCUUUAAUUUCUUAAUUUGAUCUUCAUUUUUCGUUUUAAUUUCAUUUUCCCCAAUUUCCAAACAGAUCCCACCAAAAACAGAGUGUUGGUGGGUUUUAUACAUACAGAACUGGAACGGUCGAGCACGGCGGUGGAGAUGGGAUGGAUUAUGCUUAGGAUUGACUAUUCAAGGCUCUUUUGGGUUUUAUUCCGUCACUUUUCAAACGAAAAUCACGACGGGAAGGCGCGCAUUUAGUUUAUCCCCCUCCUCCUCCUCCGACGCCACGGCGGCCGUCGAUUUGAUUCUUAUUGUUUUCUUGUUCCCCUGUUUUUCUGUUCUUAUCUCUCUAUUAAGCCCUUGAUUUGUUCGUCAAUCAUGUUCAAGAAUUCCAAAUCGGAAUAUGGGUAUGUUGAGACCGAUCCGACUAGUCGUUACGGCCGUUUUGAAGAAGUGUUGGGAAAAGGGGCCAUGAAGACAGUGUACAAAGCCAUUGAUGAGUUUCUAGGAAUAGAGGUGGCAUGGAGUCGGGUGAAACUCAACGAGGUUCUCCGAUCACCGGAGGAUUUGCAGCGGUUGUAUUCCGAGGUUCACUUACUUAGCACGCUUAAGCAUGAAUCCAUCAUGCAGUUCUACACUUCAUGGAUUGAUGUUGAUCACAAAACCUUUAACUUUAUUACCGAACUCUUUACUUCUGGAACGCUCAGAGAAUAUGGGAAGAGAUAUAGCCAAGUUGAUAUCAGAGCUAUUAAGAGCUGGGCGCGCCAGAUCCUGUUGGGGCUCGUUUAUUUGCACGAGCACGAUCCUCCGAUAAUACACCGAGAUUUAAAGUGUGAUAAUAUCUUUGUCAAUGGCCAUCUUGGGCAAGUCAAGAUUGGUGACUUGGGGCUUGCUGCUAUACUCCAUGGUGCCAAAUCUGCUCAUAGUGUUAUAGGCACGCCAGAGUUUAUGGCACCAGAAUUAUACGAGGAGGAUUACAAUGAGCUAGUUGAUGUCUACUCAUUUGGCAUGUGUGUUCUUGAGAUGCUCACUGCUGAGUAUCCAUAUAGCGAGUGUUCUAAUCCCGCACAGAUCUACAAGAAAGUCACGUCGGGGAAGCUGCCAGCAGCAUUGUACAAGAUUCAAGAUGUCGAGGCGGAGAGAUUCAUCAAGAAAUGCUUGGUACCGGUAUCGAUGAGGGCGUCUGCCAAGGAGCUGUUGGCUGAUCCUUUUCUCAUGGUUGAUGGAGAUAGACCUUCAUCAAAAGAGAGGAAGCAAACCCAGAAGCCAUUUCUAAAUGCUAAAGAGAUGGAGAAAUUACACUUGGGUGACGGUUUAAGCAGGACGAAGAUGACGAUCACGGGGAAGCUGAACCACGAAGACGAUACCCUCUUUCUCAGAGUUCAAACUGCAGAUAAAGAUGGCUCGCUUAGGAACAUAUAUUUCCCGUUCGACAUAGUGAACGACACGGCAUUGGACGUGGCGAUCGAGAUGGUGAAAGAGUUAGAGAUCUCUGAUUGGGAGCCUUUUGAAAUAGCAGACAUGAUAGAAGGAGAGAUAUCAGCUCUGGUUCCAAACUGGAAUAGAAGUGAGUUGUCCAACCAUAGUCUCAGCUUCAGCUAUGCAGAAGACGACGUCGACGACAUUUCGUGUCAUCGUAAUUUCCGCUCUAUCUCCUCGUCGUCCCAAGCUACAUCGUUAGGCCUCAUCGGCUCCCCGAGCACAAACCGAAACAUACCAAAUGGUUUUAGUUGGUUCCCAGAUGACACCCUUGAUGAUAGCAGUUCACAAUGCUCGUCGACAUCGGGAACGUACUCCAACUUCAAUUACAUCAGCAACGACGAGUACGAAACCAGUUCGGUUCGAACAGAUCAACAUAAGAUUCACAACUCCUCUAGAUUUUGUCCCAUUGAGAACCGCAAAAACAAGGAUUUCGUGGGUGGAGUUUUGUACAAAACGAGCCAAUGUGCAGUCGGGGCGUCUCAAGGAGCAGCGUCUAGUCGGAAGGACAAGAGGGGAGGAAUGGAUGGGCGUAGAUUAACAAGAAACAGGUCACUAGUUGAUGUACACAGCCAAUUGUUGCAUCUUUCGUUGGUCGAGGAAGUGAAUAGAAGACGGUUAUUCAAGACGGUCGGAGCAGUUGAAAGCAUCGGUUUUCAAUCGCCUUGUGAGGUUUCUUCGAGCAGCAAAAGGGUGUCGAGUAGGCAAGCGAUCGGGAACCGAAGUAGCAAUGUAACGAGAACGAGAAGAAAUGGCGAUACUAGGGAAGAUGUUUGGAAGAGAACAUGAAAAAAAUGAGGUAAAUGUAAAUAGUGGAAGCUUUUAUGGAAGGUUGAAGGUUGAGUUAUUUGAGUGAGUGAUUAUGAAACAUAAAUGGUCGUGUUUUUGUAUGUUAAGUGUGUGCUUGUUUUACAACAUCAAAGUGCUUACCUCCUUCAAUAAACAAUAAAUAUAAUAUUUCUU